UAGCCCCUAUUGUAUUUUAAUUUUAUUAUUUUCUUUGAAACUAGCUGUAUCCAUGAGUACAUGGAUGUGUACUCGGAAGUGGUGCAACCGGAUGCCGGCGAACUGAUCAAUUCACCUUUUGGCGGCAGAUACUGCGGCCCAAUACCUCCGCGAAGACGAGUAUCCCUUUACAGGGCCAUCGCCCUCGCUUUUUACACGGAUAAGAACGUGUCCACCAGCGAUCUCUUUACCGGACGUUAUCAAUUUAUCAACGACACCGAAUAUGAAGUUGGUGCCCCAGUAGCAAAUACACCAUGUAGUUUCUUAGUGAAAGGUUCCGCAAAACCAACAGGAGUGAUACUAUCACCGACGUAUCCCGGUGCUUAUCCGAAAGCACUACAUUGUUCGUAUCAGUUUUUGGGUACCCCAGGACAAAGGGUUCGCUUAGAAUUCAGGGACUUUGACUUGUUUUUCGGUGGUCCACACUGUCCCUUUGAUUACGUGAAAGUUUACGACGGCGCCGAUAACACAUCGGCCGUUAUCGGGACUUAUUGCGGCCAACAGCGUAAUUUAGUCCUUUACUCGUCGGAGUACUCACUGCUGGUCACGUUCGUGACAUUGCCACGCACUGCCAAUACUCAGAACAGAGGCUUCAAAGGAAUCUUUGAGUUUUCAAACUCAUUUACAAAAUUAGAUUUUAUAAGUAAAAACGACGGCGAGCACAUCCGGGGAUCGGAGUGUGACCAAAAGAUCCUCAGCAAGAAAGAAUCAACGGGUUUGGUUUUUAGUCCGAACUAUCCGUUUCCAUACAUGCCGAAACUUGUCUGUAGAUAUUUUAUUUACGGGAUGCAAGAUUCGCAACAUCUAGAACGGGUUAAGCUACAAUUUAUGUUGUUUGAUAUUCCGAAAGGUUCUAAAGGAGAUUGUACCGAUGGUUAUUUAAAAAUUUACCUCAAAGGACAAGAAACGACCGAUUCCUACGACAAAUUUGAUUAUGAAAUGUGUGGUAACGAGGGUAAUCCAAUUUCAAUGGUUUCUGAUGGACCUAGAUUAGUGAUGGUUUUUAGUAGUGGAGAGAUACUUGGAAGAGGAUUUAAAGCGAAUUAUACUUUUGAAACUGAAUAUCGUAUACCUGGAACAGCAGCACCUGAUGGAACUUGCACAUUUACGUAUCGAAGCACAAGUAGAAAACGAGGAGAAUUUAAUUCGCCGCGAUAUCCCUCCAAUUAUCCCAGCGAUACCAACUGUACCUAUUUAUUCCUAGCUACACCCAACGAACAGGUUAUGUUAGUUUUUGAUAAUUUUAAGGUACGAGCCGAUUCCGCAAAUUCAACCGUUGGCUCCUAUGGAGCUUUAGUGUGCCAAGAAGAUUGGUUAGAAAUUUUCAAUGUUUACAAAGAUGGCACGGAAAAGUUGGUGGGUCGUUAUUGCGGGAUGACGGCUCCCGGACCGAUCGAAUCAAAUCGUGGUGCGAUCGGUUUAAAACUACUUCUUCAUGCCGAUUCGGAGGGGGUUUACAGCGGUUUUAAAGCUCGUUAUAAUUUCGAAACGGCUAAAUCGAUUUUCGGCGAUUGCGGCGGUAAUGUGAGCAGUUUAGAUCAUGGCGUUAUUAACAGUCCUAAUUUUCCUGAAAACUACGAGGGACCCAGUAAGGGGUUAUCUUCGAAAACGUGUAAUUGGUACAUUAGUGUCAGGCCUAAAUAUAAGGUUUUAUUAGAAUUUGAACAAUUUGCUAUCGAAGGUGAACCUAUCAGUAAGUUUAAAAUUAUUUAUUUUUUUUUUGCAACCGAUUUUCAAGUUAAAUAA